GGUACAGUCGCAUAUGCCAUGCUAAAAAGGGCAAAAGUUCCUCUGUGUGUCUGGGAGAAGGAUAAACCAGCUCCUGAGUGCCCUCGCCCGCUGGUGGCCAGAACGUCUGCCCCAGCGGCGUCUCGCCCACGAUAAUUCAUCCCCCCGCCAAGGCCGAGAAAACCCUCCUCUUCCCUCGGAAGGGUCCUUUACGCUGUCUGACUCGGCGCCGCGCGUCCCACCCGGACUUACCAGCCUAAAGCGUCCGCGGGGACCAGGCUUGGCGAUAAGGGGCGGAGCCAACCCCUCCCAGGGCCCGCCCCUGGGCUGCGUGGCUGGGGGAUUGGAUGCUUCGGAAGGCCGCCUUCAGGGCUGUCCCGGGCUGGACCGGUGGUAGGGGCGCAGGUGCGGGGUGCGGGGGACUCCCGCCGGGGAAGUUGGGGGGACCCUGCGCCCGAGUGACCUCUAAGGCGGGGUUGCCCGCAGGAAUUGGGGCGCCCUAGAGCGCCGCAAGCUUGUGGUUUCUCGUGGCGGAGAGGGAUCUUUCUGAGCUCGCUGGAAUUCCGAGAGCGUUUGGGAAACUUCUCCCCCCUCCUCCUUGCUCCCUACUUUCGCGUGGAAAAGCAGUUGCUGGGUUGUUUUAGUUCCUCUCCCGAUCGGACUCUGUAAAAAUAGCCGUGCGCCCUCGGCCUUCCGGCUGCCCCGGGCCGGGUGUGAACCUAAAAAUACCCGGCGGUUUGGAGCCUGUGCUCCGGGUGCCGGCGGGUCCGGCCGGGCCGCAGAGGGCGUCUGGAGACCAGAGAAACGGAGGCCGCCUGGCCCCUCGCCUGGGCCAGGCUGUCCCUUUAAAUCCUGGAGGAGGCAAAGAGAAAAAAGGAAAGAAAGAAAAAAGACGCGGAGCCCUGAGCGACUGGUGGCUCUGCCCGGCCCCCCACUCCGCCCCCGCGCCGCGUCCAGCCGGCAGCCCGCCGCCUCCGCGGGUCUGGGGAGCCCCCCGCAGCGCCGCCCACCGCCACAGUUACUGUCAAUACAGACAUUCAGCGGAGCCCGGGAGGUGGAGCCGCAGCAAGUGCAUGUGUGGCAGGCGGGGAGGGAGUGCAGGGGAGGGGGCGGGCGCGAGGGAGAGGCGACCACAGACAUCCGGGCCCUUAAGCCCAGUGCGCCCCCCGAGCGGGUGGCGCGGGCAGCGGGGACGCCCGGCGCGGGGCGCGGGGCUGACAGCAGCGGCGGAGGCGGGGCCCCAGGAGGGCGGGGGCCCGGCGCGGGGAGGAGGAGCCGCCGGGGAGCCGCUCGGUUCCACACCCGCCGGCGCAGCCCCGCCACGAGACUCUGACAGCCGCGGGCCCGCGCUGCUCCCCGGCGCACCGGGACGGACCGGCCGCGGCGGCGGCGGAGGAGGACGCGAGGACCGCGGCCCGGCGCCAAGUGCGGGAGGCGCGCGGUGGCUGUGGCGGCGCGCAGAGGUCCCCUCUGAGGCAGCUGGGCUCUCAGGAGGCCUCACCACCCCUGAGGAGUGGGCCCGCCAGCAAAGCUGGAAGGGAUGGCGUGGAGCCCUCCCAGGGCCUGAGGAGAGCGUGUAACCCACAGCCCGUUGGACCCGGAGCCUCUAAGUCAGUGGGGGGCUGCACCAGCCGGGAGACAAGAAGAAUGGAUGCUUCGGCCCCUGGCGACAUGCACACGGUGUAAUGACAGGCUCAGGGUCGGCACUCCACAAAAUCAAGUUCUCCUAUGCCCAGCCCACUCCAAAGAAUGAAUUACAUAAUUUCUGCCUUCCGGGGGUGUUUCUGAGACUCAAGUGAGAUCGGGAAAUGAGCAGGUUUGCAGAGAAACUACUGGCCUGAAAUUUAAGACAAAGGCGUUGUUGCUUGGCUCUGGCUGAGACCAUGGCCAAUGGCAUUGACGAGCUCAUCGGCAUUCCCUUCCCCAACCACAGCAGCGAGGUUCUGUGUAGCCUGAACGAGCAGCGGCACGAUGGCCUGCUCUGCGACGUGCUGCUGGUGGUGCAGGAGCAGGAGUACCGCACCCACCGCUCCGUCCUGGCGGCCUGCAGCAAGUACUUCAAAAAGCUCUUCACAGCCGGCACCUUAGCCAGCCAGCCCUAUGUCUACGAGAUCGACUUUGUCCAGCCAGAGGCCCUGGCCGCCAUCCUCGAGUUCGCCUACACCUCCACGCUCACCAUCACCGCCUCCAACGUCAAGCACAUCCUCAACGCCGCCAGGAUGCUGGAGAUCCAGUGCAUCGUCAACGUGUGCCUGGAGAUUAUGGAGCCUGGCGGGGACGGCGGGGAGGAGGACGACAAGGAGGACGACGACGAUGAUGAGGAUGAUGAUGACGAGGAGGAUGAGGAGGAGGAAGAGGAGGAAGAGGAUGAGGAAGAGGAUGACGAUACGGAGGAUUUCGCUGAUCAAGAAAACUUGCCUGACCCCCAGGACAUCAGCUGCCACCAGAGCCCUUCCAAGGCGGACCAUCUCACUGAGAAGGCCUAUGCGGACACACCCAGGGACUUCCCGGACUCCUUCCAAGCCAGCAGCCCUGGCCAUCUGGGCGUUAUCCGGGACUUCUCCAUUGAAUCUCUGCUGAGGGAGAAUCUGUACCCCAAAGCCAACAUCCCCGACAGGAGACCCUCCUUAUCUCCCUUUGCCCCAGACUUCUUCCCACACCUCUGGCCAGGGGACUUUGGUGCCUUUGCCCAGCUGCCCGAGCAGCCCAUGGACAGUGGGCCCCUGGACCUGGUCAUCAAGAAUCGGAAGAUCAAGGAAGAGGAGAAGGAGGAGCUGCCCCCACCCCCGCCCCCACCCUUCCCGAAUGACUUCUUCAAGGACAUGUUCCCGGACCUUCCCGGGGGGCCGCUGGGCUCCAUCAAGGCGGAGAAUGACUAUGGUGCCUAUCUCAACUUCCUGAGUGCCACCCACCUGGGGGGGCUCUUUCCACCCUGGCCCCUGGUGGAGGAGCGCAAGCUGAAGCCCAAGGCCUCUCAGCAGUGCCCCAUCUGCCAUAAAGUCAUCAUGGGGGCCGGUAAGCUGCCGCGGCACAUGCGGACCCACACCGGGGAGAAGCCAUACAUGUGCAACAUCUGCGAGGUCCGCUUUACCAGGCAGGACAAGCUGAAGAUCCACAUGCGGAAGCACACGGGGGAGCGGCCCUACCUGUGCAUCCACUGCAACGCCAAGUUCGUGCACAACUACGACCUCAAGAAUCACAUGCGCAUCCACACGGGCGUGCGGCCCUACCAGUGCGAGUUCUGCUACAAGAGCUUCACGCGCUCCGACCACCUGCACCGCCACAUCAAGCGCCAGAGCUGCCGCAUGGCACGGCCGCGGCGGGGCCGCAAGCCCGCCGCCUGGAGGGCCGCCAGCCUGCUCUUCGGGCCCGGGGGCCCGGCCCCGGAGAAGGCGGCCUUCGUGAUGCCCCCGGCGCUGGGCGAGGUGGGCGCCCACCUGGGCGGGGCCGCCAUGUGCCUGCCGGGCCCCAGCCCCGCCAAGCACUUCCUGGCGGCGCCCAAGGGCGCGCUGAGCCUGCAGGAGCUCGAGCGGCAGUUCGAGGAGACGCAGAUGAAGCUGUUCGGGCGCGCCCAGCUGGAGGCCGAGAGGAACGCAGGCGGCCUCCUGGCCUUCGCGCUGGCCGAGAACGUGGCCGCCUCCAGGCCCUACUUCCCGCUGCCUGACCCGUGGGCCGCGGGCCUGGCUGGCCUCCCCGCGCUCGCCGGCCUCAAUCACGUGGCCUCCAUGUCUGAAGCCAACAACUAGGCUGGUCCUGUCUGCCCCGGCCCAGCUGCGCCGGCCUCUCUCCCAGCGGGCCCACCUGCCCCAUCCAGCGGAUCGGAACUUAUUCCAAAAUCACAAAGAAAGAGAUGAAAUAUCUGUCAGCAGCAAUGGUAUUUCCCGGGCCUCCUGCGGCAGCUGCCUCCCUUUUGCUUCUGUCUGAGAUGGGCAUCUCCCCUCAGCGGGGCCAGCCUCUCCCUGACUGUCUGGCUCUCAUAGGGGACUCACAGGGUCCCAGCCUCAGAGGAGGCCCCACGCUGGGUGCCCCAAGCACUCCCAGCUGUGCCUGCAGGGAGGAGGCUGGGCCAGAGGCAAACCAGAUGCAGCAGAUGAGGGGAGGGGCCUGGGCACACCCCUGGCUGAGCCCCACAGCCUAAGGCAGAGUCCCUGUGGACACUGCUCUGGUGGGUCCUGUUGGCAGGGAGGCCUCCUGGAGUCCGGAGCGAGUCUCCUGGAGUCCGAGCCCAUUUUUUCCUCACCGUCCUGUGACCUCGAACGGGUCAGCUUUCUGUACCCCAGUUUCACACUCCUAUGAAGGGGGGCUGGUGAUUUAGUUUUUCCUCUCCCACCACCCACCCACUUGCACAUGCCUGUUCCUCCAGCAGCGGGUGAAAAUGGCUGGAAUAUGGGAGUUAGUUUUAUCACAUCCACCUCUGUAUUCGCACAGGUGAGACGUGUGGCCAAACUAGGACCGGUGACAGGGAGAGGGCUGGGUGGGGAUUGGCCACAGGCCACAGGCAGCUUUGGGGAAGACCACACAUUCCCCUCUGUUCUCUGGGCAGCCUGCUGUGCAUGCCUGCGAUGACGUUAGCAUCUACCCCACCUCCACGCACCACCUCCAAAGCUGCAGGGCAAGCAUGUCAAACUCGCAGCCUGAGGGCCACAUGCCUCUUUAUUUGGCCUGUGUUCGCCUUUGAGUUUGACAUGCUUGCUGUAGGGAGUCCUGAGGUCAACACAGAAGGGAUGGGGACCCCGUCUUAACACCGGUCAACUGCCUGCCUCUACUUUGAUCCCCGGAAAUAGACCAAACUCCUGGUUCCCCCGGUUUAUCUGUUUGCUUUUCAAGUUGUGGGUUUCCCUUGGCUGCAUUUGAACACCCUCGACCCUUCCCUCCAGGGAUGAAGCUGGGGUGUGGCUCCCCUCAGGGCAGGGAGGCUGAGCCUAGGCUCCAACAUGGGUCUGACGGGCUCUGUGAGGUGGGCUGUCCACACACUCUCCCUGGUUCUCGAGUUUGUAGCAGGUCCUGAGAAGGAAGACAGCUCUGCUGGCCCAGUGCCUUCCUGCUCUCUCCCCUCUCCUGCCUUCCCUCCCUUUCCUUGCUGAGUUUGCUUUUGCUUCCCAGUAGCCAGGAAAGGAGGAGCAUUCAUCCACACAGGCUGAUGCUCCCACCCCGGGAGCUGUGGGCCCCGAGACCUUACUCUUCUUCUCGCCUUGGCUUCUUCCUGCAAACACAACGAACAAAAAGGCCAGAGAAGACCACGGACUCUGUCACGCCCCCAGCUCCCCAGAAGAGACCCCUGACGCCACACCAGACGCCCUCAGAUGCCAUUAUGCCCAGAGGGGAUUGAUUGCUUUGGACACCCUCUUAUCUUCACAGCCACUGCUUGGGCAGCCACCUCUUAGAUUUCUGUCUCCUUUCCUGACACUUGCUGACAUGCCAUGUCCCCCCACAAGCCAGGGGAUUGGGGCUGACCCAAACUUUAAAAGAAAACAAGGGAAAUGAACUAAUUGGAAUCCAGUGGUAUCGGGCUUUUGUUUUUAUUUGUAAAGGUAACGCCUUCUUAUAAACUCCGUUUUUUCAGAUGA